AGACACACUAUACAAACUCGUACAUUGCACCAUAAAUUACAAUGAGAAUUCAGUUAGUAUUUUUUUCAUCCACACACACACGAAGAUAAUCAAACAAGCUUUUCGAAGUGAUGGAAUUCAGUAUUUCACUACUUGGAUUUAUUAUCAUAUUUCUCACAAUUUUGUUGAAUGAAGUCAACGGUCAAGCUGUUGUCUUCAAUUUGAAGGAAUUCCUUCUUGAUAUCUGGAAAGCUCUGUGUACUCGGCUGGGUGAAACAUGGGGAUGCCUUUUAGAUGCGUUGCCAAAGACCCUCGGAGGAAAUGAUUCUCCAUGUAUAAGUUAAAUUAUUGCAGAAACGAAAUAAACAAUUUCAUUUUAAGUUAUCCGCCAAAAAACAAUGGUACAUGAGUUUACUGUGAGUUCACCAUGAACUUUGAUUGGAAGAAUAAUUAUUGACAAUUGCUAAAGUGACGAUACUACUGAAAUCUGAAAUAAAAUACCUUCUACUCAUAAAUACAACGUAUUUUGUGACUUCAAUGCGCUACAUUUCUUUUAACUGAAUAUAUUAUACAUGCUUGAAUAAAUACCUUUAUAUUUGAUCAAUAUAUAGUUUCAACAAAAUAUGUGUAAUCGAUGUUUGAGCAAAUAGGUAGGAAGAGGUGACUACGAG